AUGCCCCAAGAGCAGAAGCAAAAGAAGAAACGGGUUCCUAUCACCGCCCUCACGAAACAAGAGAUAUGCAUAAAAAAACGAGAGAAUCUGAAACUCCGAGACGAGGAUCUCGCUAAGGAGUAUGGUCUUGACCGUAGUACCAUAACAAAGAUCCUUAAACAAAAGGAUAAAUGGCUAGCAAUUGACCCCAACUCCAACUAUGCCAAACAAAAGACACAGAAGUCACCAAAGUUUCCUCAAAUCGAGGAUUCUUUGGCGUCAUGGGUUUCAGCGAGCAUGUCAAGUGGCAAUGUAGUAAGCGACGCACAGCUUCAGGAGAAGGCUCUAGAGCUGGCGCAGUUAUUCGGUAUUCGAAAUGAGUUUCAAGCUUCAAACGGAUGGAUAUCAAAAUUCAAAAAUCGUCACCAGGUUCGUAGUGGCGACGGUCCAGGUGCACCCGAACUUUCUCUCCAGCAGUUUCGACACGGUUAUCCCGAACUCUCUCCACACCUAAACAGUCGUUAUUUGGAACAGUUUAAGACCACGGGACGACUCAUCGAGGGAACCAAGGGUGCAGAAUUUAUUGACGGGAUGAUCCCAAGAGAGAAUGACAUAGUAAUCAAGAGGCGUCGAGCGGAUGCCUUUUACAACACUGACCUCCAAAUGAUCCUCGAAUCACGUAAUAUUCGUCAUAUAAUCCUAUCUGGUAUUGCCACGAGCGAUGUGAUUCUUCCAACCAUCUUAACUGCCUUCAACAGGGAUAUGACUAUUACCGUCGUGAGUGAUUGUUGUUUCGAUGUAAAUGAGCCGGUCCAGAAGAUGUUAACAGAUGAAUUCUUUCCUAAACAAAAUGUUAUGGUGGUCCGUCUAGAUGAUAUUCUAAAAGGAUUAUAA